CUAACAAUACAGAGAAACCUAGAAAAAAUAAAUUGAAAAUCGCCCACUUCUAUAGAUCACUCAACAGAUCAAACUACUGCGAUUCCUAUUAUCCGCCAUGAGCUCUCCGGGAAGUGGGAUAUUUAGUGGAUUUACAAAGCUAUGCAAGGGAUUAGCUGUAAUGUUAGUCGGUGGACACAUUGUGGUUCAGCUUCUUCCUGUUUCUGUUACUUACCUUGCUCUCAUUCCCGCCAGAACUAUUCCUUUUGGUUGGAACCUCAUAACCGCUGGUUAUGUUGAGCAAUCAGUACAUGGGGUGGUUGUUAGUACGCUUGGUCUUCUUUUCAUGGGGAAGUUGCUUGAGCCUGUUUGGGGUUCUAAGGAAUUCUUGAAGUUCAUCUUCAUAAUUAACUUUCUGACGUCUGUUUGUGUCUUUGUUACUGCUAUUGCCUUGUACUAUGUGACAAUGGAGGAAAAGUACCUUUACAUGCCUCUUUCUGGCUUCCAUGGGGUGCUGGCGGGCUUCUUGGUUGGCAUCAAGCAAAUCGUACCUGACCAAGAGCUACAUCUCCUAAAGAUAAAAGUAAAGUGGUUGCCAUCGCUUGUGCUAUUGCUUUCAAUUGCCAUAAGUUUCUUCACCCCUGAGUCUGCAACAUAUCUUCCAACUUUGAUAUUUGGGACAUAUAUUGGCUGGAUUUACCUCAGGUACCUGCAGAGAAAACCAGAAUCGAAGCUUAGGGGUGAUCCGAGUGAAGAAUUUGCAUUCUUUACAUUCUUCCCUGAAUUUCUCAGGCCGAUCGUUGAUCCCGUUGCAUCAAUAUUUCACCGGAUGCUUUGUGGAAAGUCUGAAGUCUCCUCAGAUUCUCAGGGUUAUACAUUAGGCGGUGCACCGUUACUUGGUUCUGAUCCCAUCGAGGCAUCUAGGAGAAGGGAAAGAGGGGCUAGAGCACUGGAGGAGAGAUUAGCAGCUGAUAAAUUGGUUGCAGGACUUAAUUCAGAAGAGGCACACGUAGAUGAAAGCGAUCAUGUUUGAUUGCUCCAAAAUUCCUGUUCAUUAACUACAAAGGUUAUGACUUAUGAGGAAUUAUGUGCCCUUGCCCCGUUAUAAGAUUAGAAAUGACAAUUGACAAAAUCCUAGAGCAUGUUGUUACCCUUAACACUAUAAUAUAUGCAAAAUUCAUUAUUUUCAAAUGUAUUGGCUCUUAUAUGUUGAUUGCUUGUAUAAUCCACCUUUGGACCGUUUUCA